GGACUCCUCUGCAGCCAGAGACAAGCCUGGAGAAAGCAGAGGAGAAAAGAGCUCAAGGUUCACCUGGUGAAAAAAGACAACCAUCGAGCCAGAUACGCCAAUUUGAUCUCAAGAUGGCUGAGGGGGAUCUCCGGGGUUCGAGCACCCGUUUCUCGCUCUCCUUUUCGGGCAGUGGCUUUCUCGUCCUGUACCAGGUUGGAGUGGUGCAGUCCCUUCUGGAGCUGGCUCCCGAACUCCUCAAGUCCGCGUGCAAGGUCUAUGGGUCGUCCGCCGGCUCGCUCAUCGCCGCCGCCGUGGUGUGCGGUGUCAGCCUCGAUGACCUAAAGGAAUUUUUCUUUGCCAUGGCAAAGGAAGUCAGGAAAACCAUCCUGGGCCCUCUCUCGCCCAAGUGCAGCUUGCUGGCAAAUAUCAAGACUGUUUUACAGCAGAUGCUACCAGAGGACUCCUACCAGCUGGCUUCGGGGCGGCUGCACAUCUCUCUCACGCGGGUGGUGGAUGGCCAAAAUGUCAUGGCCUCUGAGUUCAGCUCAAAAGAGGAGCUCAUUCAGGCUCUCCUCUGCAGCUGCUUUCUUCCUAUCUACUGUGGAUUCAUCCCUCCAUCCUACCGAGGUGUGAUCUUCAACGGCAGCAUUCAGAUCUCGAUAGAAAACCUCUGCAGGAUUAGCUAUGCUCUGUUUCCACCUAGUGCCAUGGUCUUGAACGACAUUUUCUCCCAAGGCUACCAGGACACUGCCCUUUUUCUGUACAGGAACAAUGCCUUUGGCUUUAACUACUUUGAUGGCAAUUUCCGCUUUGCCAGCAUGUGUGGGAAGAACGACUCUGCACAAUCCAACAGGACGUGCACCAGCCUAUGCAAAAGGGUACCACAGUGCCUGAUUCCUUGCUUCCUGCCAGGCUUGGCUCUGUGGAGGAAGGAGCAGGUGACUGGACUGCAGGAUCCACUGUCGAAGGUCCUGUUGCAGCCAUACAGGCUGCCAGCUUUCAUCAGGAAGGGGCUGCAGAAGCUGUGGGGGCUGCUGGAAGGUAUGAGCUCCGUGGUAAAACGGUUCCAGAAGCUCCUCCAAACCAUGGUGCCUGGUUUGCCUAAGAGACCCGUGGCCAGGAGGUGCUUUAUGCCAGACUCUGCUUCUAGUCUAGAUACCAAGGAGGGUGCAACUCUCCUGGUGGGUACAUGGAUAAAGAGGCAAAUCCUUGUGGUUAACCUGCUAAUCUAG